GUGACAUCACCCCUCCCUGUUUGCUUAUAUACUUAGGGGACAUCCGGAGCUCCCUUUAGGGUCCAGUUCUUUAAAAAUCAGCUGAAGGCAGCAGCUCUUUUUCUGCGCGACUCUCUCGCACCCAGAUAGCUUGCCUUUUUGUGUAUGGACUUCACUUUAUAGAGGGAAAAGGGAGAGCGUGGGUGGCAAGCAUGGUGAAGAUGCAGCUGGUGUGCGCGAUGCUGUUGGCCUCCGCUUCCUGGAGCCUGGGCUCAGAUUCAGAAGAGGAAAUGAAAGCCCUAGAAACUGAUUUAUUGACUAAUAUGUACACAUCAAAGAUAAACAAAGCAAAAUCACCCCAGUGGAAACUAAUACUUUGGAAUAUUUGUGACUUCAUAAGCAACCUGAACACUCCAGAAGAAGAAACGGGUGAUCCUGAAGAAGAUUUUAUGAUGAGAAGACAAUUUGCUUCUACUUCUGAGAGCUUCACUUUGGAAGCAAUGUUGACACUGUAUCAGCUUCAAAAAGUCUGCCACUCCAGAAACGUACAGCAAUGGGAGCAGUUGCUCCAACAAGAUAUUUAUGAUCCAGAGAAUGCAAGUCAAGAUAAAGAUCUGAUGAAGAGAAAAACUCCAUACAUCCUGAAACGACAAUUACACGCUAACAAAGCCCGACGGCCAUACAUAUUGAAGAGGAGUUCAUAUUACUGAUUCAGCCUUUAAAAUAAUGUACAUGUAGUUUAUAACUAACUAUGCUUUAUGUCUCCCUUAUUUCAACCUCAAAUCUUAUGUGUGGAAAUAUAUUAUGGAACGCAAUCAAGAUGAUAACAUAACUGUGUAUUUUUUUGCUAUUAUUGUUAGUUGAUUGUGAUGUUUUUCCUACUUAAAAUUGACUGGACAAAUACACUUACAAAUAAAUCUAGUUUCUAAGCAUUAUGUAUUGUAUGCCAUUGAUAAUAUUAAAGAAUUGGCAAUGC